AUGGAGCAGCGGAUGCGCGGCACAGGAGUGGCCAAGAGGAGCUACCCUACAUCCAAGAUCAAGAGCAGCCAAGAGGAACUACCUCAUGUCCGAGUUGGGACUGGUGAAAUUAGCCUACCACGUGUACACUUCAUCCAAGAAAAAACCGCUUCAUUUGAAAGAGAUAAAACUAGUUUUCCUGUCGUUCCAAGGGAUCGAGCACAAACCCCUGUCAGUAUUCAAACCCUCUUCCUUGAUCAUCACGUGCAACGGAGAGUGAUGACUAUUUCAACAACUAAAAAGUCUUCUAAGCACGUCUAUUGGCACAUUCCAGAGACUGCUACUGGUUCCAUAUUUUUCCCCAGGUGUCGUUCAGCUUCGGCUCGGGUUUUUGGGAAAGAAGUAAGCAAAAUGGAAGGUGCAGAGAAAUCAGAAGGGCCAUUAAAAAUACAAAACAUUUACACCAGCAUUUUAAAAGACAUUCUGAUUCUCUCUUCGGAGUUCUCCAGAGUUCCAAGCGCCACUCCUUCAGUGCCUAGUCGCAAGCUCAAGGAGGUUCACUCUGAGCACUUUUUACAAGAGGGCAACAUCUAUACUUUCAAGCAGCCCCUGUUGCGUUUAAGCGCAACAGUGCCGAUCCCUGUACCGAGGACCAUGCCUGUGAAAGCCGCGAGUCAGUGGUCUGGCCGUGUACACAGCCGAACGGUGACACUCAAUAUUACUGAUAUCCCAGGUCCCAUGUUCAUACCGUCACCAGUUUUACCGAGGAAACCUCUAAGACAGUCUGUGAUAGAAAGCCGUGUAACAGAACAUGAACCUAUAGAAACUGUCCCAACACAAAGCAUGCUGAGCCUACAUGAAGAUAGCAUUAAAUCUAAAAAAAUAGAUCCUACAGUGGUACCUGUCGUACAAGGUGAAGGUUUCAAGACUAUUGUGGCAACACGCUAUGAAACAAUACUAGCCAUGACCAACCUGGCCAUAAUAAACUGUCAAGUUCAUGGAAGAAAUGCACUUAAUCUGAAGGGCUUUUUUCUCCUAAAUUGUCCAGAUCUAACACCUUUGGCUUUCCAGUUGGUAUAUCUUAAUUUAUCAUAUAAUAACAUCAGUGACUUCCCCACAGAAAUAUAUUGUCUUAAAAAUUUGCAAAUACUGAAUCUGAGAAAUAAUCCUAUCAAAGAAAUCCCUUCGACAAUUCAACAACUUAAGCUCCUUAAAUCUUUGAAUGUUGCUUUUAAUUUGAUUACCACUCUUCCACCUGGGCUAUUUUGCUUGCAUAAUCUUGAGGAACUUGAUAUUUCCUACAAUAGCAUUGCUUUUAUUCCAAAUGAUAUCCAGAAACUCAGAUCACUUGAAAAAUUGAUGGUUGAUGGAAAUGAACUGACUAGUUUUCCACAUGGAAUUUUAAAGCUUAACCUGAAAAAAAUCCUAUUUGAGAAUAAUUUCACUAAUCCUAUUUUUUGGAAAGAGAAUUCUAUGAAUAAUCCACAACAUCUUACUCAAAUUACAGCUUUGUUCUUUCUAAAGAAUAAUCUACAUAAAUAUUAUAAUGUGAUCCCAGUGGAAAUCCAAAAGUUACUAAAAUGCACAUCCCAAUGUGAGUGGUGUCACGGUCCAAUGUUCGGUGAAGGUUUUCGCAUCAUCCAAUCCUGCGAUGUUUUUGGAGUAACACAGCUUCCUGUUAUAUAUUAUGUCUGUUCCUCUUCCUGCUAUAGGAAAGUAAAGGAAAGCAACGUUGUUUUCGAUCAUGUUCCUGAAAAAAGAAUAUCUCUAAAUCCUGAAUUGAUGAAUCCUACAAUGACUUAUGAAUUCCACUUUAAAAACCAUUAA